UCUAACGUUGGUGUUGCUUGGGAAUGUUGGGAUAGUCUGACAGCUCUGACUUCAGAGAGUCCAGGCCUUUGGCUAUUUCGUGACAGUCGUCUGCUACGAGCAAGACACCGCACCGUUCGUGAUACGGCUCAUUUGAUUUCGCCGAUAUCAGUCGGGCUCACUUUUUCCAAAUUCGAAAGCCAAAUCGCAACGCGAGAAUGUAUAAAAUUGAUUGGAUAAAAAUAGACGUUUUGAAUGGACGAUGUGCGCCAGCGGCAUAAUUUGCUUGGACUCGACCAAAAGAAUGUCACGUUCACUCGGGAGCCAGCGAUCCGUUCAAAACACAUAUUUAAAUGCAAGACCGCAGCAGCAAUGCAACCAAUACGUCUUUCAAUAGCAUGCAUAAUUUCGACUAUUUUCUCGAGCGAGGAUACGUUUGUGUGCGUCUAGAUUAGUAUCUUGUUUGGCUUCGCUGUUCACGUUGAACACCAGGCAGUGGCAGUCUCUUGUCUGAAUCGGUGUUAAUUACAAUUUUACGCAGUUUUCGCCUCUUUUUUCGCAAACAUGAAAGACGGUAGCAGAUUACUACGGGUACUUUUAAAAGUAUCCGAAAAAGCAGCUAAUAUUGCUCGAGUUUGUCGGCAAGAUAAAGCAUUGUUUGCUCUGCUCGUUCAAGAAAAAUCGGCUGCCGAAAAAAAUCCCAGAUUCUUUCAAGAUUUCAAAACACUAGCGGACGUGUUAAUACAAGAAACCAUAAGACAUGACAUUGGAAUAGAGUUUCCUGAACUAUCUGGAGCCGUAAAAGGUGAAGAAAACAAUGUUUUUAGCAAUACUUUAGGAGAAACAAUUACUGUGGAAGUGUGUUCUAGUCAAGAUGAAACAGCAGCACUUUUGAAAAAAGUCUUGGGUAAUGAUCAGCUGGCUGCUGAAUUGCUCUCUCAAGAAGUGCAUAGAGACAUUUCACUGACAGAUGUAUCUGUGGAUUCUAAAAAUUUACCAACAGAUUUGGAAGUUCAAAUUUCAGACUUGGGAAUAUGGAUAGAUCCCAUAGAUUCAACAGCUGACUAUAUUCAUGGAGGAGAAGUCAUAGAUGAAAAGACUGGACUUCAUGUGAGUGGACUACGAUGUGUUACAGUACUUAUUGGUGCAUAUUCUCAAUGUUCAGGCUUACCAAUCAUUGGGGUCGUUAAUCAACCAUUUUAUAAUCAUACAGAUGAUAAAUGGAAAGGCAUAUGCUAUUGGGGAUUUUCUAAUGACGAUGUAUCUAUAUGUUCUAUCCGUAAAAAUGAGGACUUCAUUGGAAAUAGUGAAAUAGUUCUAAUAAGCAGAUUUGAGAAUCCCAGUAUAAAAUCUAAAUUAGAGGAAGCUAAUUUUAGAACAGUUGAUGCAGCCGGUGCAGGAUAUAAAAUUAUAAGUGUCGCUCUGGGUAACGCUGCUGCUUAUGUACUUUCAAGAGGUUCAACCUACAGAUGGGAUGUUUGUGGCCCUCAUUCCAUACUUAAAUCACAAGGAGGAGGAAUCCUAGAUUUCAACAAAUAUACCAGUGGAGAAGAUCACAUAAAUUCUACAAUUAAAUAUUCUGUUAUUGAAUCUGAAGCUUCAAACGAAGGUGGUUUAAUUGCAUUUGGAAAUUUUGAAACUUUAGAAAAUUUAAAAAAAGCCUUGUGUUAAAAUUUUAUUUCAAAUGAGUUACAAUUUCUAAUUUAUUUUGUUUAAAUUUAAUUGUAUUUCUAAUAAAUGUUACAAGAAAUGUUAAUCACACUCGCUGUAUUUAAUUGAAAUUAUAUGU